AAGUCCUCUGCCCCCUUCCAAGAACGAUGCUACGUCACUGGGUUGUUGGCCAAAGCAAGCAUUGCACGACUAUCAAAAGGCCAAUGCAGAUUACAAACACCAUCAUGGCCAUAAUUCUGAGAAAGCUACAACGAUACAUUAUCGUAGUUACAGCGGUCACACUACUGUACCUAUACUGGUAUCAUGUCUUCUUGAGGACUCCUGAAAAGCCACCUGAAAAUACUCCAGAAAAGGCACCAGAAGAGGCACCAGAAAAAGUCAUUCAACAAAAACCAGAUAAGACACUAGAGGAGGCACCAGAAAAAGUCAUUCAACAAAAACCAGAUAAGACACUAGAGGAGGUACCAGAAAAAGUCAUUCAACAAAAACCAGAUAAGACACUAGAAGAGGUACCAAAAAAAGUCAUUCAACAAAAACCCGAUAAGACACUAAAAAAGGCACCAGAAAAGGCAACAGAAAAAGCCCUUCAACAAAAACCAGAUAAUUUUAGCGUAACUAUUAACUUAAACACAUACCCUAUCAUCAAAUUAGACGAUUUCCUCCUUCCUCCUCAUCCAAAACGAGACAAUUCGAACUCGAACCGGAAGUACUCCCAGGCAAGACAGGACGAGACAGUCUAUAAAAUAUUUUCGAAAAAAGGUGGAUUUUUUGUAGACAUUGGUGCGAACGAUGGUCUGUAUUUCUCGAAUACAGUUUGGUUAGAAAGACAACAUGGAUGGACCGGGCUAUUAAUUGAAGCCAAUCCAGGACUUUGUAAACAUAUCGACGAUCUCAAACGCCAUGCUUGGCGACUCUGUGCAUGCAUAUCUAACAAAGUGAGGCGUGCCAAAUUUGUGCGAGCUGAAAGUUUAGGUGGAGUAGAAGAAAAUUUGGACACUGAUCACAAAAAACAGUUAUUCAAUACACGAAAAAUAGAUGUGCCAUGCUUUAGUAUGGCAGAAGUUUUGGACAGAAUUAAUGUCCACCAUAUUGAUUUUUAUUCACUAGACGUUGAAGGAGCAGAAAUGGUCAUUUUAGAGUCCAUGAGGGAAGAACUUUCUUCAGGCAAAAUGACUGUAGAUGUUUGGUCCAUAGAAUACCGUGUCUGGGACGGAAAGCAAAUUUUGCUGCAUAAAUCUUUGAAAAAUUUAAAGGCUCUAAGAAAAUUUUUCAAAGAAGUUGGCAGUUAUGUUGAACAUUCACACUUAUCUAAUGACAAAAACAAUUCCAUUGGUUAUGCUUUGGAUGUUAUUUUUGUGAAUAUUAACACAUGGUGUAAACAUUAUCCAAAUCUCCCUAAUGGAAAACUCUCUCGCUGUUUGAGAAAAAAUCGGACAGCUAUUAACGAUUUUCUCCUGCCUCCAUCUCCCAAACAAGGACGCCAUCCAAACCCGGACCGGAAGUUCUCCCAAGCAGGACAGGAUGAAGCGGUCUACAAAAUUUUCCCCAAAUCUCUAGGAUUCUUUGUAGACAUUGGUGCAAACGAUGGUCUGUACUUGUCAAACACAAUAUGGUUAGAACGAAAACACUGGUGGACCGGGCUAUUAAUUGAAGCCAAUCCAGGACUUUGUAAACAUAUCGACGAUCUCAAACGCCAUGCUUGGAGACUGUGUGCAUGCAUAUCUAACAAAGUGAAGCGUGCUACGUUCGUACGAGCUGACGGUGUAGGCGGAGUAGAAGGGAACUUGGACUCUGAUCACAAAAAACAAUUCAAUGUCACAAGAAAGGUUGAGGUGCCGUGCUUCAGCAUGGCAGAAGUUUUGGACAGAAUCAAUGUCCACCAUAUUGAUUUUUAUUCACUAGACGUGGAAGGAGCAGAAAUGGUCAUUUUAGAAUCCAUGAGAGAAGAACUUUCUUCAGGCAAAAUGACUGUAGAUGUUUGGUCCAUAGAGUACCGUGUCUGGGACGGAAAGCAAGUUGUGCUGCAUAAAUCUAUGGAAAAUUUAAAGGCUCUCCGAAAAUUUUUCAAAGAAGUUGGUGGUUAUGUUGAGCAUUCACACUUAUCUAAUGACAAAAACAAUGCCGUUGGUUAUGCUCUGGAUGUUAUUUUUGUGAAUGUAAAAACUUAUUGUAAACAUUAUAAAAUUCUUCCAAACGGAGAACCAUGUUGAUUUUAUAAAAGUUCUUAGGUUUCAAGAAACCUUUCACGGCUAAAAUGUUACUGAGGCUUCACGCUUACGCCAUAUCGUGAGUCCUCAUUCAUGAGAGUGAUGGCAGUAAAUGAUCUACAACAUCUAUUGCGUGCUUUUGUGAAAAUGUCAGUUUGUAAGGAAAUAUUUUCAAAUCUGUGUAGUGUGUUGAAUGUUUCAUAUUAAAUAUGAAAAAGGAAUAAAUGAUUCUCUUUAAAAUGAUCUUAACUCUUUAUACAACCAUUGCCCAUGAUAAAUGAAAAUCCAGGCCUUUUGAUAUCACUGGCUGCUGCUUUUUCAAUAAAAAUGGAACUUGUAAA